CGACAGCAGCCGUUCACAGUGGAACAGAUCCGUGCGACGGGAGGAACUCUGUGCCUUCAGAGGAAUAAGUCCUUUUCAGAUACCGGGACCAGCUGGAUGCCAUAAAAUCCUGAGUGAAAGUGUCAGUCCGGUUUCAGAGAGAUCAUCCUCUGAAGUGGCGUUCAGCUUCCUUUGUGCCGUUUGUGAUGGAACCCGCCACCAUUCAGCCCACGUUUUGGUGAAGGCCAGUCCAGCACUUCAAGCUGGACGGAGGAGAGACGUGUGGGGCCGAAGGCUCUGCCUCUGUGCUGCGACACAGAACUGUGAAUCUUACAGACCAGUCAACAGACAGCGUGCCUGCAGAUCACAUGAGUCCCCACGUCAAAGGAGAGACGCACACCUCAGGUUCUUCAACCAGUCACCUCAGCGCCACGGAGUGCCCCGCGUGCAACAGGAACAUCCCAGAGUGCAAUGAAGAGAGACGAAGAGCGGAAGAGGACAGCAGAGGGACAGAAGGUGGUGGAGGAGGAGAGGAGGAGGAGGAGGAGGAGGAGGAAGAAGAAGAAGAAGAGGAGAAGACCAUUGAUGAAGGUUUUAUGGGAAUGACUCCUUUGCUGCAGGCUCACCAUGCCAUGGAGAAGAUGGAGGAGUUUGUACAUAAGGUGUGGGAGGGUCGGUGGCGCGUCAUACCACAUGACGUGCUCCCCGAUUGGCUGAAGGACAACGACUUCCUGCUUCAUGGCCACAGGCCGCCGAUGCCUUCAUUCCGUGCCUGCUUCAGGAGCAUCUUCAGAAUCCACACAGAGACAGGAAACAUCUGGACACACCUACUAGGUUGUCUGUUUUUUCUCUGUCUGGGUCUCAUGUACAUGUUCAGACCCAACAUGUCGUUUGUGGCUCCGGUGCAGGAGAAGGUGGCCAUCGGGAUGUUCUUCCUUGGAGCCAUUCUGUGCCUGUCCUUCUCCUGGCUCUUCCACACUGUCUACUGCCACUCAGAGGGCGUGUCCAGGGUCUUUUCAAAGUUGGACUACAGUGGGAUCGCCUUCCUAAUCAUGGGCUCCUUCGUUCCCUGGCUCUACUACUCCUUCUACUGCUCUCCUCAGCCCUGCUUCAUCUACCUGAUAGUGGUGUGUGUGCUUGGCCUCGCCGCCAUCACGGUUUCCCAGUGUGACUUCUUUGCCACGCCGCAGUACAGAGGAGUCAGAGCAGGUGUGUUUGUGGGUCUGGGGUUGAGCGGCGUUGUUCCCACGCUGCACUUUGUCAUCAGUGAGGGUCUGAUCAAAGCGACCACCAUCGGGCAGAUAGGCUGGCUGCUGCUGAUGGCGGCGCUCUACAUCACAGGAGCCUGUCUGUACGCAGCACGAAUCCCCGAGAGGUUCUUCCCCGGCAAGUGUGACAUCUGGUUCCAUUCUCACCAGUUGUUCCACAUCCUGGUGGUUGCCGGGGCGUUUGUGCAUUUCCACGGCGUCUGCAACCUGCAGGAGUUUCGCUACACAGUGGGAGCGGGCUGCACAGCGGACGGCACCUUCUAACGUCCACACUACAGAUGCACACUGUAACUCAGACACGCACAACCACGAGCUCUCCUCCUCCUAACAGGCCUGUGUGUAAUAAAUCACACGGCACAGAUGGUGGCGCUGUUAGGACUGACAGACGGGGACUUUGCUUUUUCUAGCUUCACAAACUGCAAAAAAAGAGGCUCAAGAAAUUACAUUUUCUUCCGUAUUUGAGUUCUGAAAUUAUAUUUGGUGAUUUGAUUUGAAGAGUGACUCUUUUUUUUUUUUUUUUUUUUUUUUUUUAAGUACAUUGGAGUCUUUCACCCCAAUUUUUUUUUCUGCUGCAAAGCAUUUAAAUCAAAAGAAAUAUCUAUUUAAUAUCUAUUUAUCCGUUUGUGGCUUUCUGCUUGCAGGGUUAAUAAUUGAAGGCUUGUGGGAGUUUUGUUUGGGUGAUUUGACUGAUUUUUAUAAUUUAAAACAACCCGUUUCCGUGUAAAGGGUUCUAAAUUUUGGGUUGUAGAUUUGUAUGAAAAAGGAAAGUGUGAUUGAUGCUAAAGAUGAGUUGGAAAAAAAGCAGGUGUCGCACUUUGAGACGCAGAGAAAUUUGGUCAUAAGAAAAAUAAAUGACUAAACGACUCUGUUUGACUUUGAAAGGACUCAGCAGUUCUGCAGACUCAGAAUAUCGUCUCUUACGGCGGUAGUCAGGUGGUUUAUUUUUUUUUUAUUCUUUGACCAGAAUGUUUUUCCUGUGCACAGUUGUGCCUGCAACCAAAUCAAAGCUGUGACAUCACAAACAUUCAGAUGGGACGUGUAGCAGUUUCUGUUUUUCUUACUGUAAAUAAUCGGAUCAUAUCUGAAGAUUAAAUUAAUUUCUCAGCACAUAAAAAAAACUACUUUGUUUUUUAAAUACCUGCCCUUAAAGACUUUGUAAAAAAAAGAAAAAAAAAAAAGUAGUAUUUUUAUAAAUGAAGGCCCUCAGCCCCAAAAAAUACAGUAAGUCUGCAGUAUUAUCAUAUUUCCAUCAUCCCAUCUGAAAACUUUAUUUUGGUUUGUGUUUUAAUUUACUGCUGCUGAGUUUAGAGCUUUAAUUCCACAUUUCCAUUUUGAUUUGUGAACUUUAGGACCGAGGCGUCCGUCGUAGCAACUCGCACUCCCAGGAAACAGAGACAUUCUGAAAAAUGUUCGUUCACGUUAACUUCAAGGGCACACGAACAGAUUCAGACUUUUUUCUGACUAUACCAAACUUUUCUUGUACACAAAGUUUGAUUUUGUUGUUUUUCCAGAUGAAUUAGUUCAGUUUGUUUGCUUUGAGGAAAAAAGUAUGUCAAUCCUUUAUUUUUCUUUUGCUUUUGACAGUUUCUAUUAAUUUAUUUUUCCUGCGGUGCUUUUUCUCUCAAGCACAUGUUCAGUUCUGAGUUUGAUUGCAACAGACCUUUAUAUCUGCUGUAUUGUUCUAAUAAAAAGGUUUUUG